AGAGAAACAUGGGUCUGUCGUUAAGUAACAUCUUCAAUCGCCUCUUUGGUAAAAAGCAGAUGAGAAUUUUGAUGGUCGGAUUAGACGCCGCAGGAAAAACAACGAUUCUGUACAAGCUUAAAUUAGGUGAAAUUGUUACGACCAUACCAACAAUUGGAUUUAAUGUAGAAACGGUUGAAUAUAAAAACAUAAGUUUCACAGUAUGGGAUGUGGGUGGCCAAGACAAAAUUAGGCCAUUGUGGAGACAUUAUUUCCAGAACACUCAAGGUCUUAUUUUUGUGGUAGACAGUAACGAUCGCGAAAGAAUGCAGGAGGCUCAGGAAGAAUUGUCAAAGAUGCUGGGUGAAGAUGAGCUUCGAGAUGCUAUCUUAUUAGUUUUCGCUAAUAAACAAGAUUUACCCAAUGCCAUGUCCGUUAGCGAUAUCACGGACCAAUUAGGAUUGCAUCAACUAAGAAAUAGAAAGUGGUAUGUUCAAAAUACUUGUGCCACCCAAGGACAAGGCUUGUACGAAGGCCUUGACUGGUUAUCGAACGAGCUUUCCAAAUAG